UAGAAAUAUUUUUCUAAUCUAUUGUUUUCCUUUCGUGAAAUGUGAAUUACUAAAGACUUCAAAUUACCUCACUAAAUAUUUCCUAUAAAGAUUAUGGGAAAAUUAUCGAUGCAUCAAUUUAUUAUAUAAGAUAGUUAAUUCUUUAAAACUUGAAAUUUAAGGAAAAGCUUGUGCCCAGCUCUAUUUAUUUGAAUAUCAUGGGUACUUACCCAAAAAAAAGUUCUGCAGAAUGGUUCAUAGACCAAUUAAAUGUAGAAAAUGCUAAAUUACUGGCAUUCGCACUAGUCAUAGGAUUUAUUGGGUACCACGGUAUACUACAUUUACGUUAUGGACCUGACUCAUGCACUUGGUUGUUAUCAUCAGGAAGGUACAAAGGAGAUCAUGAAUGGCAACCUUAUGGAUGUAUGUUGCAUAAAUAUUCUAAAACGGAUGCAAGAAGAUGUUUGCGGUAUUUAGCGUUUUGGGGUAAAUAUAAUAGUUUUGCAUUCAUCGGGGACUCGAGAUUGGAACAGUUAUAUGAGUAUUUUAUUGGUGUGCUCAGGACUCGCCUGAAGCUAGAUUCUUCAUACUCAACUAUAGAUCACCAUCAGCCGAACUACACAUACGUUGAUAAUAAAUUAAAGUUGUCAGUAACAUUCAUAUGGAGCGAAGAUGUCUCCAGGACUAUGGUGGAACAGUUUAGGAGCUGGCAAUAUUCCGACAGGCCUCCAUCUGUGAUAGUGGCUAGCAUCGGUCUCAAUUUGGUGAAGAUCCACAACGCUACGGAACCUAUACUAGAGGAAUAUAAACGGAACCUCACACAGCUGGUCCAGCCGAUAGAUUCGUUAUCGGGGAGAGGAACCCAGGUGUUGUGGAAGUUGUUGGAGGACGUUGAUCAGAAGACGGUCAAGAUCAGCAACAGUGAUAUAGACGCUUACAACAGAGCUGCCAUGGAGAUCCUCCAACACAGCGCAACCAAGAUAUGGAACUCCGCCCGCCUGGCCGGAGCCCCGGGCGCCGGGCCGGGGCUGCAGCACACGGCUCAGAUCCUCCUCAACAUGUUCUGCAACGACCACAUGAAUUUCAACGACGGCACUUGUUGCGCCCAACCCGAGCCCUGCACACAACUACAGUUACUCACAUUUGCGUUGUUCCUGCUCUGCGCAGUACUGGCCUGCGGACGAUGGUUGUGGAAGUGGUCGCAGGGCAUCAAGCAGCGCAUGGAAGGUUACGCUCUCGUGAACGCAGUACACAACGAAACGCCAUCAGCCAUGGUGGCUAUGGCGAAAUUGGGCAUGAUUAUGGCCUACUUCUAUCUAUGUGAUAGAACUAAUUUCUUCAUGAAGGAAAACAAAUAUUAUUCUGAAUGGAGUUUUUGGCUACCCGUCGGCUAUGUGUUCGCGUUGGGACUGUUUUUUACCGAUGAAUCUAGAUCCAGCAGUCAUUCGAGGGUGCUCCAUCGCGAACAGACGAACGAAUGGAAGGGCUGGAUGCAGCUGGUGAUUCUGGUGUACCAGGUCACAGGUGCCAGCAAGGUCCUGCCGAUAUACAUGAUGGUGAGGGCGCUCGUGUCCUCGUACCUGUUCCUGACCGGAUAUGGUCACUUCUACUACACGUGGAAGACCGGGGACACGGGCCUCGUGAGAUACUUCAGGGUUAUCUUCAGACUGAACUUCCUGACCGUGGUCCUCUGUCUGACCAUGAACAGACCGUAUCAGUUCUACAGCUUCAUACCGCUGGUGUCGUUUUGGUACACCUUGAUGUUCGCGAUUUUCUCGCUGCCUCCUCAACUCUCUCCGCCUCACACCCUGGAGCCUUACCAGCCUGUUUACACAGUUAUAAAGACCCUGGGCCUGCUGGCGAUGGUGACCGUGCUGUACAUGAGCGAAGUGUUCUUCCAGAAGAUCUUCCUCAUGAGACCCUGGAAGGCGCUGUUUGUGAACUCCGACGACGACAUCCGACAGUGGUGGCUGGACUGGAAACAGGACCGCUACUCGAUGGCGUACGGUAUAAUAUUCGCGGCGGCUUACCUUUUAGCGCAGAAGUAUAGCUUACUGGACGACAACAACCACAGCAACCUGUUCACGCCGGGCAUCGCGUUGACCGCUACCCUGCUGGCGUUCAUCGCGCUCGGAAGUUACAUAACCUUCACAUUUUUCUGCACCAACACAUUCGACUGCAACGAGAUACACUCCUACGUGACCUUUCUGCCCAUCAUCGGGUACAUCAUAUUGAGGAACGUGUCCGGCGUGCUCCGCACGAGACAUUCGAGUCUCUUCGCGUGGUUUGGGACCAUAACGCUCGAAUUGUUCGCCAGUCAGUCGCAUAUCUGGUUGGCCGCCGAUACCCACGGCGUGUUGGUCCUAGUUCCCGGCGUGCCUGUCUUCAAUCUGAUCCUGACCUCGUAUAUUUUCAUAUUCACCGCCCACGAAAUACAUAAAUUAACAGGAAUCAUUCUCCCCUACGCCGUUCCGGACGACUGGCGGCUAGUUUUAAGGAACUUUGCUAUUUUCCUAGCGGUUUUGGUACCAAUUGGCAUCCACGAUGGUAUGUUUUAAGAAUAUAUUUCUCAACUUCAUCCUCAAUACCCGUCAAGGUCGAGAGCGCUUGCGAAAAAAUUACUUUCAAUUACAUUUCAUAAUAACUUGUAGAUAGCGAACCGGUUCUCGAGUGUGUAGGAGAUAUGUAUUUAUUUAAUUUUUAAUUUUUUAUAGUAUUAUAAUCGUACUGUCUUACGUAAUAUCGUACAGAUAAAAAAAAUAAUAAAAAAAAUGGCAAUAAUUUUUUUCUUAUGUAAUAAUAAUAAUGUUUGAUCUCUGUUGGUUGUUUUUUAAGUUAUUUUCAUUAAGUAUUAAAUACGUACGUUACUAUGUGACACGCACAAGUACAGCCGCGACGCGACGGAAUGUAAAAAUUGAUCUAAAAAUAUUUUUAUAUCGACGUAAUGAUUUUGUAACAAAUGGUUUGUGAUAUAACGUACUGUGAACAGAUCUAGUACAAAUAAAAACUUAAAUGCAUAAUGCUAUAUUCGUGAUUUGCUAUGAUAUAGGAACUAGGGCAGCCAUGAUGACCGUAAAGCAUCAUGAUUAAGUUUCUUUUUAUUUUACGAUAGUAUAUAGUGUUGUGUUGAAAUCGUUAAAAACCGUCAAGUACAAGGCUAAAGACAUAACAUUAGAUAAAACUUUUUUUUUAUAUUAAAUAUUGGUGAUGCUCACACAAGUUUGAUCCUAUUUUUAACGAACGUACUGUCAGUCAGAUAGCGGUAAUCUUACUUCAUGUGCGCAUUAUUAAACUAGAUACGAUGCGUUUCCAGUUACUCGCGAAUAGAUCUUCACACGUGAUAACGUUAACGUCUGUUUAGGGAACACUCGAAACGUUCAGUAUUUAGUUCGGUUACGCAAACUUAUGUUUGGAGUCCUUUUUGUUUUUAUAUAAUGGAUGGUACAAUACUGGCGGUCAUAUUGCUGUGUCAAUUUUACGUUUGUUAAUUUUUAACAUAUUUGUAACAGUGUGUACAAAUUAUCGAUGUGUGUGUGAGUGUGUUUUUGUGUGUGUGAAGAUUAUUUUAAUUGGAUUUUUAAAGCAAUGUAAAGUAUUGGUCAUCUAAAUGUAACUAUAUAUUGUAUUUUGUGUUAAAAAUACUUUUCUGAACCUCAAAGAAUACAUAUUACUGUGUCCUUAAUGAGCGAUUGUUUAGAUUUUUAUCUUUUAAAUGAUUUCAAUACAAACUUGUGUAUAAACUGUUGCAGGAGCGUAUUUGUAUUAGUUCAUUGUGUGUGUGUAUUAGUAUUUCAACAUAAUAAAUUAAAUAAUAAAAUAAGCAAUAAAAAGCCCUGUCUAUUUUUUUUUCAACUUGUUUUUUUAUUAUUAAUGUAAAUAUGCAAUAAAUAAUAUAAAUAAUUA